CAACGGAGACUCGCUGUACUCGGAAGUGACGCCGGUUGCUGGAUCAUUUCUGUGCGCAGUAAGCCAAGCAGAAAACAACAGCGUCAACCAGAGCCAGUGAGUACAAACAUACAAUACGCAAAAGUAAACGUCUGAGCCUAAGAACAGCAGUCGGAAACUGAGAAAUUACAACCUAUCUGAACAGUGUGCAUAAUGAACCCAGUGUACUGCCCUGCACCAACAGGGGUCCCCUAUGCCAAUCCUAAGGGACAUUUAGUAGGAUACCCAGCUGGAUUUCCUGUGGGGUAUGCGGCCGCCCCUACCUAUGCUCCUAACAUGUACCACCCUGGAGCCAACCACCCAGCCUUUCCUACAGGUUACGUUCCAGGCACUCCUUUUAAAAUGUCCUGCUCGCCUACCACGGGGGCUGUCCCGCCCUACUCCUCGUCACCCAAUCCCUACCCUGCAGCAGUCUACCCUGUGAGGUGCACCUACCCCCAACAGAACCCCUACGCACAGCAGCAAGGCACUUACUACACACAGCCGCUGUACGCAGCCCCGCCCCAUGUCAUUCAUCACACGACAGUGGUCCAGCCCAAUGGGAUGCCAGCAGCCAUGUAUGCCCCGCCCAUGCACCACCCGCCCCGCCCCCACAAUGGCGUUGCCAUGGGUAUGGUAGCAGGGACCACUAUGGCAAUGUCAGCCGGAACAUUGUUGACGCACUCCCCGACUCCCCUCGCCCCACACCAAGUCACGAUGCCCACAUACCGACACCCAGGCACGCCCACCUACAGCUAUGUGCCCCCCCAGUGGUGAAGUGAUGGCACUGCAUAAUGUGAAUCUGAAGCCCAACCCAUACAUCAACAGGUCUGCUCAGAACGGGAUGAAGAGAAUCUUCCCACUUCUGACUAUUCCUGUUUGGAAUAACGCUAUCCCAGAAUCCUUCACUCACUCUGCUACAUAUCUUCCGUCAGACGGCUACUGUAAGUCUCCAUGCAAACUUGUGUUCUGUGGACUGUCUUGCGAAUUUUAUAGCUAACUAUUAAGUGGUUAAAAGAGAGUUUGGAUUGGUUUUUAUUUUGGGAUCCAUAUCGAGUUAAAUGCAUGUGUGUGUAUAUAUAUAUACUAAAUAAUGCUCGCUCAAUCUACCUGACACAUGCAAAAUCACCAAAAAUAUCAAAUCUAAAGGAACUAAAAAAUUAAAACUGAAAUUUUUAAAUCACUGAUUCACACAAACAAACUUAAAGAUGGAAUCCGCAGUAGGAGAAACGGUGCCAUUGGCCGCACACCACCGCUGUUAUUGUUUUAGUUGCAGAGCUGAGGAGUAGCACGGUAAAAAAGAAAAUGCAGUACAUUUUGUGCUCUUCUAUUGCUCGUGCAAUGAUGUCAGAGGGGGAACAACAGUGUUGGUUGUUUGCAGUAACUUCUUUGUUGUUGUAAUAUCACAAACGGACGUAGCUGUUUCACCACUAAGGAUUCCAGCUGUAGGAUUACUACACAAUGUUACUGUCUUCAUUGCUUGUUUUUUGGUAACAUUAGUAUUAUUUCUCUAGGUGAAGCUGUGUCAGCAUUUGUCUGAUGGAUAUUUUUGUAGUUUGGGGAGGUGGGUCUUUUUUGAGUUUUGUGUCCAUUCCAACACUUAAUCAUUCUCCCACGCUCUUUGCCCAUGGAAGAUGUUGUGAACACAGGCUGAGAUCCAACGGUCUUAGAUAGUUUCCUUUCCCUUAAACCAUUGGCCUAAGAUCCCCUACAGCACGACAGCAGAAUGAUCAAUCAAUCAAUCAAUUUUAUUUUAUAUAGCCCUUCUUACAUCAGCUAAUAUCUCGAAGUGCUGUACAGAA